AUGCCUACCAUUUUAUAUAAUACCAAUUCCAGUUUAAUUACCAAGUACCGAAGACCAAAUGCCUCAAAACAAUAUAAGGGCUUAUUAUCGAAAAAAGGGCAUACACGGUUAAAUUCUAAAUCGAAUGGAGAUGUCUGGGAGAAAGAUUGCGAUCAUACGAAAAAUUCCAGCAAUGAUACUUCGUUCGAGAGUGAAUUUGAGAAAGAUUCGAUUGAGUAUCUCAGGGAUUUAUGUUGUUCCAUAUACCCAAGUUCAUUACAUCAGAAAAUUAGAAGCGUAGAAGGUUUGCCGGACCUGCAAAUAAAUGCCUUCGUUGCCUUAAUUUUCCAAAAUUUUGUUAAGUCUUGGUAUGGUGCCAAAAUACCCACUGAUGACUCCAAAUUCUUAACCGAACUAUAUAACUUAGUUCAGGAUUUAAUAACAUAUAUGAAGAGUUCCAAAAUCAAUUAUCAUGCCCUCUUACUCGAUUACAUCCCCUGUUUGCUUUCGACUCACCUUAAAGCGUUGGACGACUCUUCUCAGAGUAGUGAUUUAGUUUAUGAGCAGUACUGUAAGUUAACUUUAUAUGAUCCUAAACGAUAUCCCAUGCUAUUCACUGAAAUCAUAAAGAAUAAGUUGAAUACAAAGUCUCUAUUACAGAGAAGCUUUUUGGAUAGCUUUUUGAAUGAACUUGUUUUCGGGCAUCUAUUGGAUUCAAUAAUGGAACCAUAUUAUCUUUUGGAGGGCUUGAAUAAAAUUUGCAUAAGGAUAAAGCUCAACUCAGCAGGAAAUUUCAGAAUAAAGGGUUCUCAUGUAAAACAUAAAUGCGGUCCCUGGUGGUUUGCUUCUAACGUAAUGCAAAAACUAUCGCGAAUGGCCAGAUUUGUAUCCUAUUCAGCUUCAACAAAAUCACCAAACUUGAAUACUACCGAUAUUCCAGAAACAGCAUUUUUAAAAAGGUAUGCUUUUACUUUUUUCACUGAUAAUUUUUUCAAGCUAUCCAUGAGAAAGCCAUUUUUAUUCUCAAUAUGCAGGACACUUCAGCAUUGGAUCUCUAAAUCGAACGCCCUGAAUAGGGUCAUGUAUAGCAUAUUUGAUAAUAUUGUUCACGCUAGAAUUACCAGUCCUGUGUCAAUUGGCAACUUAUUUUCAUCAUUACGACAUUCCUUGUUCCCCAACGACAAUAUGAUGGGACCACCAAAAGUAGUACCAAAGGGUGAUGCUUUGCUAGAGUUCAGGGAAGAAUGUAUCUCCAAUUUAUGGGAUGUGUGUAUGACUUAUAAACUUGGCCGAAUCCUUGCCAUCGAGAGGUCUGACAUAGCGGAUCUUAUUAUUUGCAUAUCGAAGAAUAAAGAUUGUAAUAAAUUACUGCUUUAUAGAAUUAUUGACUGUGUUAUUGCUCAGUUACCGUAG